GUUGUGUUUGAAGAGACACUCCCAGUACCGGGAGAGGGCGGAGAUAACAAUCCACAAACAUUAACAGCAUCAACUUCAUUAUCAGGAAGUCGCAAGAGAAAAUUAGCAGUUUUAAAAUGAAUUAUCAGGGAUACGGCGCACCAGCUGCUGCGGGCGGGUUUGCAGGUGGAUUUCCUGGCCAGCAGCAGCAGGACCCUCUGUACGGAUACUUCGUUGCAGUCGCUGGUCAAGAUGGCCAAAUAUCUGCAGAAGAACUUCAAACUUGUUUGACCCAGGCCAACUUCUCUGGAGGCUACAAACCUUUCAAUAUUGAGACGUGUCGGCUGAUGGUCAGCAUGCUUGAUAGAGAUAUGUCUUGCUCAAUGGGCUUCAAUGAGUUUAAGGAGUUGUGGGCAGUGCUGAACGGUUGGAAGCAGCACUUUAUAAGUAUUGACAGGGACAGGAGCGGUACAGUUGACUCACAGGAAAUGAACCAGGCCAUCACUUCCAUGGGUUACAGGUUGAGUCCUCAGGCCAUGAAUGCUAUAACAAAGCGUUUCAGCUCUAAUGGAAAGAUCUUGUUUGAUGAUUAUGUUGCGUGUUGCGUCAAACUGAGGAGCUUGACUGACCUGUUCAGAAAGAGGGACCAGGCUCAACAAGGAAUGGCAGCAUUUCAAUAUGAUGAUUUCAUCCAGUGCACCAUGAGCAUCUGAGAAAAGGCUCUGGGUUCAUACUAAGCUGCAAAAACUGAAAAAUGACAAAUUUUUAACAGUUUAUUUACAUGAUAUACUUACAAACUAUUUUUUUGUUUGUUUUUUUUGGCCUUAUGCAUACUACCAUUAUUCAGAAUUACUAUUACAUUAGCAAUGUCAAUACACUAACAUUCUAACCACUCAUACAAUAAUGUAACUAGGUUGUGGAUUUGAAUUGGAUGCGUGGAUGUAUAUCCUUGCACUAUAACAAUUGAAACUCUGUGACUAGAUUUACUCCAUAAUAAAUUCCAAAAAACAUUUCAAAAUGACAAUUUACAUUUUGAGUAAUUUAAAAAUGUUGUGUCUGCACCUUAUAUAUAGUAUAAACUGCAAUUUAUGUCUAUGACAUGUUCAGUCAGAAGUAGUCUGCUCAAUUUCAAAUGUGAUCCAUGUCUAUUGAAUGCAGCGUAUGUAUUGCUGAAUAAAGGGAAAAUAUAUUUUGUCACCAAAUAAUUCAUGACAAUACAGUCACUGUCUGUUUCAUUUAUACUGAGUGAAUUCUUGUGAAAUAUAAAACAAUUUAAGACAUUCUUUAAAGCAACAGGACCUGUUCUACAGAGACUUGUAAUAACAUGAGUGUGUAUUAUUUAAUUUACAAUACACAGGAACCAUGAAUCUGAUUGACUAACUCCACUAACCUCAAUAUGAGUUUUUUUUUUUUUUUACAUUUGGUUAGAGGUAUUUCUCAAUACGGAGUACACGUUUUCUAAACCCUUCACAAAGUUCUCCAUUGACCAGAUUGAUAUAUCAAAAUCAGUUAUGAAGUUGUGCAAAAUGUGUUGUAGAUACACAGUAAAAUCAAAUAAGUUGACCUUACUUGACCAGAUUUUAAAGGCAAUUGAUUUGCAUGCUUAUAUAUUCUUUUGGCUCAAGUACAGUGAACUUGAAUUUAAGUUAACUAGUAAAAAGUAGACUUACAGAAAUGAUUUGUAUCUGCAAUUAAACAGUUUUGCAGUAGUUGAGUUUGAGUAAGAAAUCUUUCCAUGAUUUAUGAAUCAUCUGCUAACUGAAUGUAUUUUAUGAGAAAGCAAUGGAAAAUUAUUCAUCGUUUGGACUGUCAAUAUUUUGUACUCAGUAUUGAGAAAUGAAUGUGUGAGCUCUUGUAAAAACUGUAAUACGAUUCUUAUCUGAUCAAAGAUCUUUUUAUGGAUUUCCUGCAAAAAAGUCCAAAGAGAUUUAGCUUUGGUUCCCCCCAUUAUUUACUCAGUAAAUUCAUGAAGCUAUUGUUAAUUUAAGAAGACCUAUUUGUGUUUUACUUCAAAUGACCAAUCACUUUUUCAAAUUGCUGUUCCAUCUAGGCAUAAAGGUCAAUGUACUUUUUUCAGAUACAGUUACAGUACUAAACUGUUAAAAGUUAAUAAAUUGUGUAUUUCAUUUUUACAUUCAUAGUUCAAUUAAAGAUUUUAUAAGUUCAAUGAACUGCUUUUUGUUUACCAGCUCUCUGUGGCCAUUCUUGGUAGAGCCCAGACAUUUUUAAUUCUUGCUGAGUCAUACUUACAACUGUUUUCAAGCAAAUAAGUUAAUAUUCUGAAUUCAGAUGUCACAUACAGUAUAUUGAUGCCCUUUAUGGAUGUUCUUAACAUUUAAUAUAUCAUCAGGAAGAGUUUGAGUCUCAUAUUUUUCCAAAUGGAAAAAUAAGCACAAGUGAAAAUGUUAUUACACAUUAUGUAUUCCUUAAUAAUGACAAAAAUAUGAAAAUGUGAUAAUUUCAAGAACUGCAUGCAUUUUUGGAGAGGGCCAUUGGACAGAAACACUGCUGUUAAAAAAAAUAGAAGUUUACAUGUGGUUGUCUCUUUUGUCUACACAUUUGUUUGUCUACGCACACCUGCCUGUAUCUGUUUAGUUGUAUGAGGCGUGUUUGUUCAUAUUCAAGAAAUACAUCAGUAGGCUAUUUUGAGAUGAGUAAGUUCUGUGCAAAACCGAUCACCAGUGAUCACCGGCAGUGCAUUCUUGUUACAAAUCUGUCUGACUUGCUGUGAUGCCAUGACGACGGAUGUCAAAAUAUACUUGAGAUUAAGGUGGCCACAGUAUUUAGAACCAGGUAGCACAGUUGCAGGAACUGGAAACACACUGAUAAAUAUCUUGUUGACGACACAGCCGAAUGUUCAUUGGCUUAAACAACUGUGAUGCUUUGUUCUUUUCCAAAAUGUUAGAUUUUUUUUAAACCCUGAUAUCAUGUUUUAAGGUGUAUCAAUUAUGUGUGACUAUUCCCAACUCUCUGACCAAAAUCAUACUUGGAGGCCCCCACACACUUCACCCCAACACUCCCUUCCCUCUCAGGCCACUAGGGGGAACCCUAUAAUUGUCUAUUUGAGCCAUAACAGCUGUGAGUCUCACUUAAAGUAUUUAGUGUAUAUUUUAAAAAGUAAAUAAAAUAAAAAUAAAAAAAACUAACUUGUGGCUCAGAGGCCCUAAAAGGCAGCUUAUACCGCUUAUAGAUAGAACUGGCUCUGA